GAGCUCCGCUGGCGCGGCCAGCCCCCCGGCGUGCGCCUCAACGCGCUGCCGGAGCUGCGGCGGCGGCUGGAGGAGCUGCGAAAGACCGAGGCGAAGAGCAGGCAGCGCGAGACAGACGCGAUGGACGUCGAGCAUGGCGCGGGAAAGAUGCAGGCGGCAGGCGCGCCGCUGCGCGCCAACGGGGCCGUCGCGCCAUCGGCGGGAGCAGGCUGGCGGGCCCAGCUCGACAUCCCCGAGGCGGCGCGCCUGCAGAGGGAAGCGCGCGAGGAGGCGGAGCGCGAGCUGCGCCAGGCGGAGGAGCGGCGCGUGGCGGAGGAGGAGCGGCUCCGCGCGGUGCAGCCGCAGGAGCGCCUCGCGGUCCGCGCGGCGGAGGCGGCGGAGGAGAAGCGCCAGGCCGACGAGGAGAUCCGGCGCGAGGAGCAGCGCGUCCUGGCGCAGGAGGCCGAGCGCCUGGAGGCCGAGAGGGCCGAGCUGGAGAAGAAGCGCCUGGCGGAGGAGGAGGCCAUGCGCGUGGAGGCCGAGGAGGCGAGGAUGCGCCAGGAGUUCGAGGCCGAGCUCAAUCAGAACAAGGGUGUUUGGGAGAUCCUUGAGACAAGUGCUGUGCAGGAGCUGGACGCGGAGGGUGAGGAGGAGUUGGCGGUGCGCAGCCCGAGGUCCGAGGGGGAGCUGGAGCAUGCGCAGGAGAAGGGCGAGGCGAAGUACGAGGAGGGCGAGGGCGCUGUGAAGGAGGAGGUGAAGAUGGAGGUGAAGGAGGAGCUGGAGGAGAAGAAGCCCGAGCCCGAGGGGGCCCUGCUCCAGCAGGCCGCGCCCCCGGCCGCCCACGAGGAGGAGGACGCCCCGACGGAGCCGGACGCGCGGGAGGCCGCGGCGGAGGAGCCGCGGCGGCGGCACUUCCUGAAGCCGAGGGCCAAGCGGCGCGCGGUGUGCGAGGAGCGGCCGGGGCCCGCGGCGGCCGAGGAGCGCCGGGCGGAGGCCGAGGGCCUGGCUGGGGCCAGCGCGGCUGCAGUGGGGGCGUCCUCCAGCGAGGCACAUGCCCCAGGGGAGCCGCAGCUGGUCCCGCUGGAGCCGCAGGAGGGCUUCGUCGCCAUCGCCGAGCCGGGGACGUUCCUCGCGGAGGGCUGCGACGCCCGCGCCGUGGAGGUCACCGACGCCUCGAUCGGAGGAGCGGGCUUCAAGUUCGGCAAGGCAUGCCUGCACGCUCGCGUCUUUGAGAAUCUCAGGCACACGGACACCGCGGGCUGCAAGAAGUGGUUGGCUUACGGCAAGGAUGCGCAGAACAUGAAGAUGGUCGAGCUGAGUGUGCUGUCUAUAGACGGGAAACGGGUUGUAUAUGCGGACAACCGCCACCGGACGUUUGUUUGGGAAGAAGUGCUCUGGGACACCGAUGCGGAUUCCGGACAAUGCUGA